GCGACGGUCGCGACCGUUAGCACCGUCUCCGCCGACUUCUGCGACAAAGGAUCGGAGAACAUCCUUGGAAACUUCUACUGCCAGGCUGUCAAGAGCAUCAAGUACUCCGGCGUUGGCACCAGCGGCUCCUACCCGGAUGUCGUCGGCAUGGAUAGUUCCGGCAACUGCGAGAAGAACGACAAGGCUUUCUCCGGACCUCUGGCCCCCUUCGACGAGGAGCUGGCUGCCGUCUUCCGUGGACCCUUGACGCUUAAGAACUUCGCCGUCUACCUACCCGGUGGCGCCAAGACCAAGCGUGAUGCGGUUGAUACUGCCGCUGCCCACCACCGUGGACACCAGCGCUUCCAUAAGCGCAACGCCGCCCGCGCCGCGGCGGAGGAGGCGGCGGAGAAGCGCGCCGUUGGUGAUGUGGUUGUUGCAACCAUCGACGGUCAAGCCGUCUCUUGGAUCAACGAGUACGACGGUGGAGCGGCUGCGGCCCCGACCCCCGCUCCAGCCGCCCCAGCCGCCGAUGCGAACGUCGCUCCGGCUGGCACCAAGGUCCCUACCCUCUCCAAGGUCCCGCAGGUCAAGAAGCCUUACACUCCCUCCAGCGGGGGUGAUUUCGAGCGUGUUGCGUACUUCAACAUGGAUGAUGGCCAAUCUGAGGGAAUUACCUUCCUCAACAACAUGGGAGGCCAAGGAUCCGGCGUCUUCGACACCGUCUUCGGAAACUCUCUAUCCUAUGCCAACUCCGAUGCCACUGGCGGCUCGUCCGAUUCCCAGACCUUGACCAAGGCCCUCAAGUCCAACCAGGAGGUCGUCCUCAUGUCAGACAAGGAAUGCAAUGGCGACUGCGGGUUCGUGCGAGAAGGCACCGUUGCUUACCACGGCUGGGGUGGAGCCAGCAAGAUUUUCGUCGCGGAAUUCGACAUGCCCGAUGACGGCUCCUCCGGCUUCAACAUGAACAUGCCCGCUUACUGGCACUUGAACGCCAAGAUCUCCCGUACCGCGCAAUACAACGGCUGCUCAUGCUGGCCCAAAUGCGGUGAGUUCGACGUUGCGGAGGUCCUUGACUCGGGCAACAACCGCUGCAAGAGCACCCUCCAUGGGUUCAAGAGCGGUGGCAACUCAGACUACUUUGAGCGCCCGACCUCUGGCGCCGUGACCUAUGUUGUCGUCUACGACGAUGACAACAUCACCAUCAAGGAGGUCAGCGACUUCUCCUACCCCGGGUCGUUGAGCAGCUCCGAAGUCGGCAAGUACUGCGAAGAGUCUGACGAGACGUCCGUCUUCAACCUG